CAGCAUUAAUGACCCUGUUUUCAUGGCUAAACCAGACACUGAAAGCCACACCAUCCAGGGGCAAAGUAAUAUUAUACCUGUAACGGAGAAGAGGCGAUUGAAGUCCAGAGAGCUAAGCGACCUGGACAAGGUCACAAGGCCAGCAAGGAGCAGCGCUUUGGAGCAAAUCCUUCAGGCGAACUUCAGUUCCUGCCCCGAGGAGGUGUAAGUGUCUUCUCCAGGGAGCCAGGAUCAGGGGUGAUCCUGAAGGACAAUGGGGAUGGGAACUCCUCCAGGAGGGAAGAAGGUCAAGCCACAUAGUCAUUGUUGUGUCAUCUCGGGUUGGACCUGGUGCUUGGGAGAAAUUUUGAUUAAUUAGGCCCUAUUGUGGGCUUUGCCUGCAGACUUCAGGAUACAAGUUAGCAGUUCAGAGAUAGUGGAGUUUCCCCAAGGCUAUGGACAGCCAAUCCGGGACUACCGUAGCUGAAAUGCGAAAGAGGCAGCAGUCACAAAAUGAGGGAACACCUGCCGUGUCUCAAGCACCUGGAAACCAGAGGCCCAACAACACGUGUUGCUUUUGUUGGUGCUGUUGUUGCAGCUGCUCCUGCCUCACUGUUAGGAACGAAGAGAGAGCAGAAACUGCAGAAAGACCCACGCUUACCACCAAAAUGGAGAGUAUCCAGGUCCUAGAGGAAGGCCAAAACCCCACUACAGAUGAAGUCUUGUCCUGGUCUCAAAAUUUUGACAAGAUGAUGAAGGCCCCGGCAGGAAGAAAUCUUUUCCGAGAGUUCCUCCGAACAGAAUACAGUGAAGAGAACCUACUUUUCUGGCUUGCCUGUGAAGACUUAAAGAAAGAGCAGAACAAAAAAGUCAUUGAAGAAAAGGCCAGAAUGAUAUAUGACGAUUACAUUUCGAUACUAUCACCAAAAGAGGUCAGUCUUGACUCUCGAGUUAGAGAGGUGAUCAAUAGAAAUCUGUUGGAUCCCAAUCCUCACAUGUAUGAAGAUGCCCAACUUCAGAUAUAUACCUUAAUGCACAGAGAUUCUUUUCCAAGGUUUUUGAACUCUCAAAUAUAUAAGUCAUUUGUUGAAAGUACUGCCAGUUCUACUUCUGAAUCUUAAUUUUCACUUAAAGAAAUCAUUUUGGAGGGCUGGGAUGGGAAAUAAAAGUUGUCAUAUAACAUCAGACACGGAGUUCCUGGAGAACUACAGUUUAGCAUUCCUCAGGCUACUGUGAAAAUAAAACCAUAUGGUCUUUGUCUCCAUUUUUAUCAAGGUUAUCCAUGGUUAACUUUGGAGAAAAUACCACAUAAAACAAUGAAUUGCCAAAUUAAGUUUGUUUUACUCAACACUCAUUCUACUUGCAAGCAAACUGUAUUUGUAGUCCUAUGAACAGUCUCCUAGUGUAUUUCCAGAGACUGCAUGUGCAAAGUCAAACUGCUUCUUUUGCCAUGUAGUUGUUGUAAUAUUUAAUCCAGUGACAUAACUUAUAUCUGUAUUUAAGGACUUUUGUGCAAUAUGGUCUUACAGAAAUAAUUGCCAAAAAGUUGGCUGUAGUUUGCGUUUUUAAAUAUAAUCUGAGACAGACAAAGCCAAUUUUUAAAUUGUAAACAAUAGUAUUCAACAUGCUAUAUACUGUGUUCAGUACACUCAUUUUGAAGCCAAUAUAUCUGUACAUGAAAAAAGAGCUAUUUAUCUCUGUUUGUUGGGAAAUCCCAAUGGGGGAUUCCUCUGGUUGUUCACUGCCAGAACUGUGGCAUUUUUAUUACAGAAGCAUUUGUUGUGUAAAAAAUAAUAAGAUGAAAAGAGAAAAAAAGCACAAAAUAAUUUGAAGAUCUUCUAUCUCAAUGACAAAUCAAAGAAUGAUAUUGUUUUUAAUUGUAACAGAAGAAAAUGAAUCUAUGUAUAUAUCACAUGUCCAAUACUGUAAUUAAUUUAUUAAAGGCUGGCUCUCCAGUUCUCAAACAGUUGUGUAAUGUAUGUACUUUAGCAAGAAAAAAUGAUAAGCUUGAUAACUUAGUUUUGAAAUAUAAGGAAAGGAUCUAAUAAAGGAAUGCCUACAUGUAGCAUCAUAAAAAAUGUUGAUGAAAAACAUCUGUCCCUGUGGCAUAUUUUCCUUGAAAGUGAAAUCCAGUGAAAAGCUAAGUUUUUAACUAACACAAGUUUUAUAAGGGUUAUAAAGAAGAUAAUUCUCUAUUUCAGACCUUAACUGUUUUCACAUAGUAUCUUAAGAAUUACUUAUUUUAAAAAUGUUGAAACCAAACUAUUAAUUCUCAUCCAUAACUGAAAGGCAGUACAGUGCUCAAAUCUCCUAGCUGUCAUAUUAUUUUUUAAAGUCUCACUAAAUCUUUAAGACAAAAUACUUGCCUGACAUUGGCAUGCACUUUUUGACAUUCAAGAAAACAGUAUUCUAUUGUGCACCAACACAAAAAAGUCAGAGUCAUAUUUAUAUCAAGAUGUUACAUUUGAAAAUUAAUAUACCCUGGAGGCUAUUUUUUUAAUCUUACACUUAUUAAAUAUAAUAUUGAGUAACCUAAAAUGAAAGUUUUAAAAAUAUUUAUAUCCAAUGAAAAUACUGGCCUUAUAUUAAGGAUGAUAUUAAAAUUAUAGGUUUUUCAUUGUCAUUUUUAACUACCUCUCAUUUUUUAAUUUAUUAAACAUUAAAAAAAUAAGUUUGGGUUUUCUUUUUAAAUUUUAUUUUACUUGAAAGGUUGGCAUUGUAAGUUUCUUUUUCCAUAAACUUAAAACAUGUUAAGAAUUGUUUUUUUAAGUGAAUUUAAUUUUCUAAUUUAUAUAGGAUUCAGGAGAUACGUUUAAAAGGGCUAUUAUCUAUUCCCUAUGCAAAUAUUUUAACUGUUGCAGUGUUUAACAAAAUGGGAUUUUAAAAAAUGUUUGAAGAGUAGAAAACAAAAAUGUUCUGUUUACACUGGCGUUGCUGACUAUCCUAUCAUAUUCAGCACUUUUAAACACAUUAUUUAUGAAAAUGUACUUAAAAUACAAGAUAGAAAAUAUUUAUAAUGAUAAUUUCUUUUAACAAAUGCCUGUUUUUGUCUGAAAGUGUUAGUGUGUUUAGACAUACUUUAUCCAUGUCAAUUAGAUAUUUACUAUUUGAAUAAUAGUUUUCAGUAAUAUGUUGAAAAAUGAUAAAGAUGUUUACAAAAACUCAUAUUUUUUUUCCUAAAGAGUGAAGAAAAACCUAAAAGAAUCAUCACUUCUAUUGUGAAGUUCUUUUGUUCCUGAAUUAUUUAAUUUUUUGGUUAGAAUUGAGUUUAUUAUGCUACUAUGAUGUAUACACAUAUAUGUUGUAAUAUCAUACUUGUUGCUGUGUUUGAAGCACAAUAAAUUGGUGCACAUGACUAGAAAAUAUGUACUAUAUUAUGAUAUACUGCAUGCAUCAAUCUUUUAAAUGUACACUUUAUAUUCUUGUUGUUACUAUAUAUGAUGGUGACCUGCUAGUCGUAAAUUAUCUUUAUAAGAUACUUUGGGUUCUUAGAUGAAUUGUCUGUUUGACAAUACUUUUAAUAUUUUACCAAAUGUAAAAGAUAAGGGCCCUUAUAAAGAGUCCUGAUCUGUAACUUGGGCAUUUGUAGAAUACAGAUUUUGAAGUUAGUAUAUCCUUUUGAAACCUGAUUAGGAAGUUGUUUUGAGAAUGAUUCUAGAGUAGAUUUUACACAUCAGAUGUCCCUAACCAUGCUAUGUAGCAUUUCUGUGCUAAAUUCCUACUUUGGAGGGAGGGGAGGGUUACUCAUUUAAUUUCAAAAUGUUUAAAGUUUCUAUCUAAGAGUAUGUCUGUAUAUUUGAAACUCUACAAAUUUGCUUUAAUUACAGAGCUAUAAUAAACAAACAAACAAAUGCCCUCAAAUGGUGUAUAUGCUACCAUUCCAAGAGCACAAUAUUUGUUUUGGUAGAAUUAGACUUUCCCAGUGAGUGAAUUCCUCCCUGAGGAAAAAUUAGCACUUUAGAAGGUACACGUGUGUGUUUCAGAUUGCCAAGAUCUCUUUGUAUACUGUUAGAAUCUGCUAAUGCGCACAGAAAGAGGUUAAUGCUUUUUCUAUAGUGCCUAUGAUGGAAAGAAAAGUAGAGGAUAUAGAUUAUAUAUAAAUAUAUAGAAAUAAACUGGAGAGCCAGAGGUGGAUCUUGCAUAUAGAUCACACUAGUAAUGGAUGGGUGACACUUCUUCCUUACUAUAGAUAAUUAUUAUGUUACCCAAAGGUAAUAUAGAUACCCCAACAGUGUUACAAGGCAGCUGUAAGCGCAGUAGGUGCACUGGCAUAUGAACAACUAUAGCAAAACACAAUUUUGAUGUCAAUGUUAUUCAGUGCAAAAAUCAAGACCAUAAUGUGGUUUUUUUUUAAUCUUAAAAUCUGUACAUAGGAUGACCAGUUCUGAUAUUUGGUCAUGGCGCAUGGGGUGUUUAAUAGUAAGUAUUCUUUAAUGUUGCCUAGAUUCUUAUUUACAGAAUGAAAUGUAUAUCCUAUUUUUACCUGAUAAUUCAGUUUUGCAAAAGGACUAUAGAAAUAGGUAGAUAAUGUUUAUUUAUUAGGGGCAAAAAUACAUUUUCACCAUUUUAAUCUGAUUUAAAAUGAUAUCUGAUUCUUAAUUUUUAAUUUAUCUAUUUUCCCCAUACACUUUUAACUUAUGCUGAAAAAAAUAAGUCAUUGUAAUUGCGACAAAUUACAUUUGCAAAAAAUACAGUAUAUCAGAUGCGAGGAAAAAAUGUACAAUCAGAAAAUAAAAUAAGAACCUUGUGAAUGCCACCUAAAUUUCCUAGGUCUAAAAUGCCUUUAACUAGUAGUACCCUAUGAAACAUGAAUUUUGAAAACUUUGCACUGCAUACAUUGGCAAAUUAUUGUGAAAGGUGGUCAAGCUAUUUCCAGAAAAUCUUCCGGUCUGUGUAUUUAUGCUGAUAGUUAUAAUGGUUAAUUUUCAAAGUGUACUUUUGCAAAGGCUUCUAUUUAUGUGCUCUUUUCAGUUCUUUAUAAAUUUCUGACCAAUAUACAAUGUUAGUUCUCCUGAGAAAAUAAUAUUAAAUCUGUAAAAAUUUUAGCUAUUCCUCACUUGCUACAACUGAAAAUAUUUAUCAAUAAAACUGAUACCAAAAAUUUGUUUCAGAUGUUCCCUGAAACAUUCUUACUAUUAUCCUUGCAACACACAACAGGUUGUCGAGUUUUAUUUACAAAUAUGAAGCUUUAAUUACAAAUUUGAUUUCAAUCUACAUUUCUGUCCUAUGACUGGGCAAACCAUGUAUCCUGACCAUGUGUCCUCAUUUCAAAUGCAGAAUAUUCUCUAUAAGAUGAUCAUAAGAAAGAAAUGAAAUAAACAUGGAUAAAGUGUUAUUUUAACAAAGUUCUCCAGCUCAAUAAAAAUUCCCAUUUUUCAAGAAUGUAUACACUAAAUGCCAUUUUAAUGCACUUCUCCCAUAUUUUUUUCAAACCAUACUUUAAAAGUAUUAUUUAGUUAUUCAUCCAAAAAAUACAACCAAGAUUAUUUUCAGAUGGAGGAAUAUAUGAAUGUCAUGCUUUGUUCAAUAAUAUGAUUCAAAAUCACUGUUUUCAGUUCACUAACAUCAUUCUGAGUCUACAA